AUGCCCCUGACCGGCAAGGACAACAGCGGGGAUGUGGAAAGGCAACUUGACGCUCCCAUGCCAUGGAUAGGCAUGUAUGUUGCUGCAGCCUCUUUGGUUUGCUCUCUGGCAAUGGCAGCUGAUGUGUUCCAUGGAUUCCAAACCAAAAAAUUAUGGUUUCCAUCGAAGUAUUUCUCGAUCAAUGCUGCUUCUUUAUCAUUAUUGGCAGUGGUAAUGAAGUUGCCAGUUGAUCUUACGACUCGUAUGUGGGCUGUUACAGAUAGACUUGCAAAGGUCAGCAGCCUAAUCUUUAUGUCGACUGCCAUGGGAAAUUUCAUGAUAUCUUUGGGAUCCAUGAAUGAUAAAGAGAUUCUCUUGAAUUUAAUUGCUAUAGGAAUUCUUGUAAUCACAGUCAUAGCAAAUGAUUGUAUCCAAAUCAUCCAAGUGAGGCAAUUUCUGGGCGGUCGAGAAAUGUUCGCAGAGGAAAUUAUAGCUAGUUUCUCCAUCCUCCUUUUGCUUUUUAUGUUAUCUGCUUCAGCUAUAAUGGUCCCAGUUACCAAAAGAUAUCUUGAAUUGAAAUAUCAAGAAAUGCUGAAAUUGGCUUCCGAUGAAGAGUUGGUGCAGUCCGUGGGGUUUGAAGAGAAACUUACCACGGAUAAACUGAGAGCAAUUAUCAAGAAAUAUUGGGUGAUGGCAGAAACUAGCAGCCCUCAAUUCGUGAUUGUACGUUCUGUGACCUGUUUGACUUCAGGUGUUAUUUCUCUGGCGAUUGCUUUCAUUCUGGCAGAAGCUCAGGCUCGAAUGGCCUUAAAGUAUAGAACAUUCAGCAAAACAGCUUCUAAGUAUGACUGGUCGACAAAGUGGAUUGUACUUGCUCAAUCUGCUGGAGUGAUUGUUGGUACCAUUGCUCCUGCAUCCAGAUGGUUAACUACUGUAAAUUUCGUAUGCUCGGAGAAAAGCCCAAUGAGCUUUAAGACUGCAUUCAAAAUUGAGAGUUAUUGGACGCAGAGGCUGGUGGAAUGGAAAGAAAGCUCCUUACCGUUGCAAAUUAGAGACAGGAAAUGGAGAAAAGUUCUUCAUGAUGCAAGAAGAAUAUUUCUGAAUCUUGUCAUUAGAGUCCAAAUCUUUAUAGUUCUGUACAGCAAACUAGUCCAGUUUAUCUCUGUCUGCUUUGUGAGUCUAAUAAUCUUUUGUUUUCGCUGCAUCAAAAGGUUAAAGAAUAUGUUCACCUCUGGCGUAUCACGUAUUCAUGGGAUUUCGGAAUCAGAGUCAGGAGUUAAUAUGGAGGAGCAGGAUUUUACCCGUUAUGUUCUGCUACUUGAAGGUGAAGCCGGGAUUCCUCAAAAGACCCUCAAAAACAUCUGCAAAGAGGUGGAUAAAGUGAUCGAGAUAGGUAAAAAACAGCAACCGGAGAACCUGAAAAAUCUUCUUCUUAAAAUUGUAAACUACAGCAGCACAAGGGAAAUUGACGAAUAUCAAGUCCCUAGUCUCAAUUCUCAGGAACCUCCGAAUUGCUGGUCUUUAACUCUGGUGACUCUAACAAGUAUCGCCAUUGCACUUCCAAACACCUCAAUCGAUAGUACUAAUUGGUUACUGAGCAGCGUUGAUGAAGGCCUCUUAUACGUAAAACUUAUAGAGAAAAGCCUGGACAGAAACGGGGUUCGACUAAACAUCAGAAAUGCAGCAGACAUCAUUUGGGUAGCACUCGAACUAUAUAGAAAGUGGCAAGACAAGGAUCUCCAUGAAACAUCUCGUAAAGGCAGAAAUUCCAAGGAGAUAUUGCAAGAACUCUCUGAUGAAGCUGAAAAGAUAGUAACGGAGUUUAAGCGAAAUGUGAAAGAUUUCCUUAUGGAAAACCCUCUUCAUUGGCCAGUUAAGGUUAUAGCUGCCAACUCAAUGGAGAGAAGUGUCCAUCAAGCAGCUCUCCUGUUGGGUGAAACUGAAGAAAUUCUUAAAAUUCUACAGCAGCAUAAAGCACGAAGCUUGAAUAUGGAUAAGUCUGCAUACAUUGAAAAAUGGCUUAUACUAAUGGCGCAAGGAAAUUAA